CUCUCAUUUCCUGCGCGAACAACACUCGCUUCAGCUUUAACAGAUAGCUCAGCCCAUGUCAAACACGUUCAGUCCGUUGGAAUAAUAUUACAAACCAGGUACAAUAUCUUUCUGAAGACAGACAGCUCGUUAAUGUAGUUCUAGUUUAAUGUCAGUCAACAAGUGCCUAAGUUUACUUUGUUGUCUUUUUGGUUUGUUAUCCUAGCUAGCUCAUUAGCUAAGUCGCUAGCUGUUUAGCGCCAGCUCCCAGCUCCCCGACGCUGGUUUAAUUGCGUUAAAUACCCUUACUAACAGUUUGUAUGUGACUGACAGCUGUGUUGUCUGAUACUCUACGCGACCGGAGUGAAAAAGAAGAUUGGUGAUGGUGCAGCCACAACCCGAUGGCCCCAUGCAGUGGGAGAUGUCCGGAGAAGAGAGUGGAGGGACCCUGAGGGUCCCACCAGAGCUUGCAGCCAAUGAAGUGGUGACCAGAUUGUUGAGUGACAACCAGCAGCUUAGAGAGGCGCUGCGGCGGAGCAACCUGGCCUUGCGUCAGCGCUGUGAGGAGAUGGAGGGAUGGCAACGAAGGACAAAAGAGGAACGAGAGUUUCUCAGCUGUCGCUUCCAAGAAGCAAGGUCCCUGGUGGAGAGGCUGGCCCAGGAGAACCACUCCUUACAGAGCAUGGUGAACGGACCUGGCUCCUCCAACACCUCGUCUAAUCACUGCUGCAGCUCCAGCCAGACUGAAAACCCGCAGCUACGGACAGCCAGGAAUGGACCAGUGGACGGACCACAGACUCUAGAUCAGCGAGAAAAGAAGAGAGUCGAAGAUACAGAGCAAUGCACACAGACAUCACCGCCUCGCAGCCUGGAUAACACAAGUGUGCAUAGCUCAUUGAGUUACGCACAAUCCUCUCCCCCCAUAUCAUUUUCAGAUGAACUGGGAGAUAUAAUGGGCAAUGACAAUAGCCAGCCUGUGGAAGGUGCAAACGAGUUCCUGCAGCUGCUGAAGAGCCACAAAGAGAAACUGGAGGAAGGGAUGCGAGAGCUGAGAAGGAAAAAUGAGGAGCUAGAGAAGCAGAGGGACGAGGGAGAGAAAGAGAAGGAGCGAAUGCUUCACUGCAUAGACCAGCUCCGGGGUAAACUGGCCCAGGCACAGACGAACAAUGUUACUGAGGAGGUUGUCCAGCAGCGCUCUGAGGCACAGCACUCGUCCGACUGCUCUAGCCUGGCUAAGCUCACAGAGCAACUUCAGGCCACACAGGGCAGGUAUCGGGAGCUGGAGGAGAAGCUUGAUUACCUGCAGAAGAGCUCAGCUCAGAGAGACAGAACUGAAGCCCUGCUCAAACAGAAGGACAAGGACUGUGCCCAGCUGGCCAAGGACUGCGAGGCCCUGAAAGCUCAGGCAACUUCCCUGCUAGGAGAACUACAGGAAAGACAAAGCUGGUUGGACAAAAGUGAGCAUGAACGCGUACUCCUGGAAGACAAAUUAAGCAGUAAAAUAAAGGCCCUGCAGGUGGCAGAGCGGGAGCUUGAACAGCAGAAGAAACAGCAUCAUGUAGCCAUGGACAAGCUGCUGCUGCAAACCCAGAGCUUGGAGCAGGCCCUGAAGUCAGAGAGACAUGUUGUCACUGAGGAGAAGAAAAAACUGACACAGCUACAGCAUGCAUACACGUGUCUCUUUAGAGACUAUGAUUCUAAACUGAAGAAUGAGGGUGGAGAUCUGUGCUGCCGACUGGAGGAGGCUGAGCGAGCGCUGGCCCUGAAGCAGGACCUGAUUGAUAAACUGAAGGAAGAGGUGGAGCAACAGAAAGGCUCCCUGGAAACAAUUCCUGUCCUUACUGCACAGGCUGAGAUCUACAAGGCAGAUUUCCUUGCUGAGCGAGAAGCCAGAGAGAAGUUAAACCAGAAAAAGGAGGAGCUGCAGGAGCAGCUGAAUCAGGCCUUGGCUGAGAAUGAGAGGCUUAAACAGGAAGCUACCGCACGUGCACGUAUGGAACAAAUGAAGAUGAGACACCUGGAUGACUUCUCUGCACGGCCCACACUCAUCCCCCCCCCACAAGGUGUGUUCCCCCCUUUCAACACGGUGCCCCCUGCUCCCUCAUUCCGUACUCCGGGAUUGGGACCAGUCGGUGAUCAAGGUCCAGUCGGAACUGAGGAGCUGCCGGAUUUAUGUUGUCCUAAGUGCCAGUACCUGGCUCCAGAUAUGGACACACUGCAGAUACAUGUAAUGGACUGUAUACAGUAACAUAAUCAUUAUUGCCCUGCACACCAUGACAACAACAUACAUAGAUAUGCAGUAUGUAUAGUCUGUUUAGAUUCAGUGUGUCUUCUCCCAUUUCUGGGUGCCCGCUGGAAAAACAUGUUUGGAUAGUUGCACCUUACUCUCGCUUUCUCUCUCAAACAAAUACACAUCCACAAACCUGAACACAAAUUCUGGAUCUUUCUGUUGAACAGUUCAGUAUGCUGGAAUUGAGACAGUUCAUGCCAAGGCAAUCUGAUGACAGUUUGAACAAGUGAAAGAAAAGCAAGAAAAUCAGCAUGAUAUUUCCCUGUAGCUCUAGUGUGGAUCCAGUCUCUGCUGUAGUUUUUCCCUUUCCACAAUCAUUAUAAUCAUUUCUGUUCUUAUGUUUCCCCUCAUACCUUUUCCUAUGCUUACUUUCCUCUGAGACAGCACUUUGAUGCACAUUUUCUUCAGUAUUUUUUAGAUUCAGUGAUUAGAUUCACAUGAUCCUCUAUCCCCCAUUUUCUUUGCUUCUUUGCUUCAAUGCUGUAGUGAUGACAGAGGAGCACACUACAUGCUGUGAAGUAAAUGUGUAUACUUGUAAUUCCAUCAGUCCAAAAGAUCAGUAAUUAUUAGACCUAAGGUGAUGAUAAGUUUAGAAGAAAAAAAAGAAGUGACAAUCCAGAUGUUAUACACAUGAUCAUGUGAAUAACAUAUUGAGCUUAAAAAAAAAUCUGAUAUGUUAUGGUUGUAAACGUAGCUGUCUGCAUUACCUCAGAACAUGUAUUAUGAUGUAUUAGAGAUGGAUUUACUCUUGUUGGAGGAAAAAAGUAACCAUUCUCUGUGUUCUGUGCCUGUGUACAUGACUGACUGCACCUCAUGCUAAACCCAGUCCUUAACCCAACAGCCCUUUUGUGACCCUUCUAUUGUCUUAGCUUUACCUGUUGCACCUAUUUAUCUAUCUGAAUGUAAGAUUUCUUCACAGUUUGUGUGGAUUUUAACUAAGUAUAGAAACAUUUGUGGAAAAAAUGCAUCAAACUGUUGGAGAUUCACAAAAUAAAUC